AUGCUUGACAAAAAAACCAUUACUUCCUUAGUCACGGUCCCAAUUACCCAAAAUAUUGCUUUAAUUAGGAUUUCAGGAACACAAACCUAUCAAAUUGUAACUAAAAUUUUUGACCGUCCUUUGCCGGAGUAUCCCCAAAAAAAGCCGCAAUUAAUUUUUGGCAAAAUUAUUAACUCAAAAAAAGAAAUUAUUGACGAGGUAUUAUUGCUUUGUUUUUAUAAGCCUCGUUCUUUUACUGGUGAGGAUGUAGUGGAAAUUAGUUGUCAUGGUAAUUUAUUUAUUGUUAACCAAAUAUUAAAAUUAGUUUUAGAAAACGGUGCGGAACUAGCUAAGGAGGGCGAAUUCACCAAACAAGCCUUUUUUAAUGGCAAACUGAACCUAAUCCAAGCCAAUGCAAUAAACGACUUAAUUCGGGCUCCCAGUUUACCGGCUGCCAAAUUAGCUCUCCAUAAUUUAAGCCCAGAAACUCAAAAGAAAUUAGAAACCAUUGAAAAUGAACUAUUAGAAAUUAUUGCUAAUGUCAAAGUAAAUAUUGAUUAUCCGGAAUAUGAUGGAGUAGAAUACCUAACUGGCAAAGCAGCACUUUCCCGUUUAAAUAAACUAUUAGAAAAAUUAGAAAUUAUCCGAAAAAGCGGGCAAAAAUCUCGGGUCUACCAAGAAGGAUUAAAAGUUGCCAUUGUCGGCAAGCCAAAUGUCGGAAAAUCCACCCUUUUAAAUUCCUUAUUGCAGGAAGAAAAAGCCAUAGUCUCCCCUAUUGCCGGCACUACUCGCGACAUAGUCGAAGCCCGCUAUAAUUUAAAUGGAAUUCCUUUAACUUUGCUGGAUACCGCUGGCAUUCACGAAACCCAAGAUAUAGUGGAAAAAAUUGGCGUAAAAAGAAGUUAUCAAGCCUUAGAAAAAGCCGAAAUCAUUUUUUUUUUAGUGGAUAAUUCCUGCCCGUGA